GGUUUCUAGGGUUUUCUUUACUUUUGUGGUUUCAUCUCUCGUCUUUCCUAUUUUCUUCUCUCAUCUCUCGCCGGAUCACACCGCUUCAAAUUUCCAUGGGAAUGUUAUCGAGAUGGAGAUCGAGUUGAACCUCGGCCAUGAAUAUUUUGGUGUGAUCAGGGGCUGAAGAACCAAAUCGACACCAGAGAUUAGCAACUGGACCGGAGCUCCAGUCCUCCUCCUGAUUGAAUAACUAGAGGUUCAUCAGCUUCUCUUCCAUUGCCUCUGAUGGAUCUGCCCAGUCGGUCUCUUCCUGCUUUAACCAACAUGCCACGCCCUCUGAAUGCAGAAGAGGGAGAGCCCAUUACGGAGGUUCCACACGGUUCAUCAGCCUCUCUUCCAUUGCCUUUGAUGGAUCUGCCCAGUCGGUCUCUUCCUGCAUUAACCAACAUGCCACGCCCCCUGAAUGCUGAAGAGGGAGAGCCCAUUACGGAGGUUCCACACGGUUCAUCAGCCUCUCUUCCAUUGCCUUUGAUGGAUCUGCCCAGUCGGUCUCUUCCUGCUUUAACCAACAUGCCACGCCCUCUGAAUGCAGAAGAGGGAGAGCCCAUUAUGGAGGUUCCACACGAAGAGGGAGCACCCGAUGCAGAGGUUCUGCAAGGGGAAAUGCCAAGAGCAACGUAUCCAUUUUCGAAGCUUGUUGAGGUUCUGCCUAAUAACAAGCGGAAGUGCAACUUGCCCGCGAGCGGUUUUGUCACGAAGAAGAUCAAUGUGCACUUUGCUGGAGUUGGAGGAUGUGGAAUUCGUGACUACAAGCUCUUCGAUGACCGAGUGAGAUCGGAAGCCCUAGAGGCGCUGAAGGGAGAAAGAGCGGUGGAAGGUUCGUCCAACCUUACCCAGGGUUCGCAUCAGCCCUUGACUGCUAGCAAUGAAGGUGCUCGUAGCAAGACUUCAUUUGUUGAGAAGAAUCAGCCUAGUCGGUCCUUUCCUGCUUUAACCAACAUGCCACGCCCAAUGAAUGCCAAAGGGGGAGAACCCAAUACAGAGGUUCCACAUGGUGCGAGAAUGCAGGUUGCAUCAGCUGAGAGUCAACAAGGUACCCGUAGGCUUGCCAAAAGGAAUAUGACAUUUCUCGAAAGUAAGCUGGAAGAACUCAUCAGUAGUGGCCAAGGGGACAUGAGCAAGCUAAAUUCGAAGUGGAUGGAAGAAGAAUACUGGAGGGUAGUGCGGGCGAUCAGAGAAGGAUCUGUUCCACCGGAGAAAGUAGCUGAGGUGGUAGAGUUGUUCAAAGAAGUUCUUCUAGCUCCAGGAAGAUUUUGGCAAGCGGCGACGACACUUGUUAGACGCAGCAAAACGUCUCCCUUGGUGACAACAGAAUUGGUAGGCAAAGAGACUCAAUUGAAGGUGAAUGAGAUUUUUUCCAAUUUAAAGCAGGACAACUUUUCCAGAAUUGGUGUUUACGGUAUGGGUGGAGUGGGCAAGACGGCCAUUUUGACCCAUGUCUAUAAUAGACUACUUGAGGAUCUUGAUUCGGAUGUAUUCUGGGUUGCUGUACCGCAGGAUUUUAGUGUGUAUGCGCUACAAGAAGAGAUUGCCAAUGCGGUUGGACUAGACAAUCUCUCGAAUGAGAAGGACGUGAGGAGAAGGGCGGGCCUAUUGUAUGGACAUCUGAAUAUGAAGAAUAGAUCCAUCCUAAUUUUAGAUGGGCUUUGGAUGCAUUUUGAAGUUAAGGAGGUGGGAAUUCCGGUUGAAACGGGCAAACUAAAGUUGGUAGUGACAACUCGAUCACUAGAGGUGUGUCGUAUGAUGCUCUGUCAAAAGCAAAUCAAGAUAGGACUUCUCGAUAUGGAAGAUACUGGGUGGUUAUUUUCAAAGACGCUUUGCGUUGCAGGACUACUCCCUUCGGAAGUUGAACAGAUUGCAAGCUCUCUUCUUGAUAGGUGCUGUGGUCUGCCACUUGCGAUCAUUGAGAUUGCAACUCGCUUGAGAGGAGUAGAGAAAGUGCAUGAAUGGAGAGACAUGUUGGGAAAAUUAGAAGACUCCAAAAUGGAGCUUGACGUGUUCAAGAGAUUGCAACUCAGUUACGUGAACUUGGGUAAUGAUCAAGUGCAACAGUGUUUCCUGCAUCUAAUACUUCGUUUUGGAGAAGCACUUGUCCUUUCAGGAGCUAGUGGAGAGGAGGAGUUGAUAGAGUCUUUCAUUGAUGAGGGUUUGUUAGGUGGAAUUGCCACCAGGCAAGGACUGCACGAUCAGGGUAACACAAUAUUGGAUAAAAUAAGAGGGUCCUGCCUGUUGGAUCCAGACAUAGAGUAUCGGUGUCUGCACCCUUUGACAAGGGACAUGGCAUUGCGUAUGGUGACGAGCACAACUCACAUUGUUAAGGCCUGUAUGGGGUUGAAAGAAAUACCGGAGGAAGUAUUCUGGAAUGAUCAUCUAGAGAAAGUCUUUUUACAAGGAAACGAUAUAGAAGAAAUCCCAGAUGGCAUAUCACCAAAUUGCCCUAAACUGACGAGCCUGUAUUUGAAUGGCAACGACAUGUUGGGAGUCAUCCAUGAAUCUUUCUUCAGACAUCUAAAGGGGUUGACGGUUCUAGAUCUCUGCUACACUGGAAUCACGGAAUUACCGGACUCCAUCUCUCAGUUGGAGAGCUUGGAAGCACUGUUACUGCAAAGUUGUUUGGCAUUACGUUUUAUUCCUUCUGUAGGAAAGUUGGGAUCUCUAAGAAAGUUGGACCUUCAAGGGUGUCAAAGUCUUGAAGAAGCACCAGAGGGCAUGGAGAUGUUGGUAAAGUUGAGAUACCUCGCCCUAGAUGGCACAAUGAUCGAGACAUUACCAGAGGGAGUGUUGGAGAAGCUGGUGAACUUGCAAUAUCUUGCGAUUGAAAAGCUGAGGGCAGGCGAAGAGGUAAAAUCAACAAAGUUGGAGGCACUUUAUUGUUCUGUUGCUCAUGUGGAAACAUUCAAUGCAUGUGUGGGGUCUCUUGUGCGAAAUAGUUGCCGACGGUACACGCUCGCGGCCCCAAACGCUUACCGCCUUUGGCUUGUGGAUGAUCCUGAUAGGUCUAUACUCAUCGAUGGUUGGGACCAUAUCGCUGCGAGUGUAGACGGAACAAGCGGUGAUGGCUGCGCUUUGCUUCCGGAAAGUGUGCAAUCAUUGGAAUUGUCCAGGUGUCAUAAAAUUAAGAGAGUGGUGGAAUGGGAGUGGCUGACCACGCUCCUUCCAAAUCUGGAGAAAAUUAUUGUACAUAGUUGUGAGAAAUUAGAGGAGAUAAUACAUGGGCCAUUGCCAAGCAGAGCCACUUGUCGCCUUACAUAUCUUGAAGUAAGUGGAUGCAACAACAUAAAGAGGGAGCUGCUGACGGAAGACAUGUUGCUCCACCUCCCUUUCCUCCAAGAGAUAUUAGUCAAAGACUGCAAGGGCAUAGAGGUGAUAAUAGGCACUGUUGCCGAAAUGACGCACCGUUCCUUCCCAAAGAUAACGAACCUGGGUCUAUGGAAUCUUCCGGAACUGAAAAGCAUAUGUGAUGGGACCACGAGUUGGGAUACCCUCCGGCAGAUUUCUAUAGACAAUUGUCCGAAACUGAAGAGGAUUCCUCUGCAGCUGCCCCUGCUUGACAAUGGGCCUCCCCCUUCUCUUCGAGAGAUUCGGAUAAAUCAGCAGACGUGGGAGUCACUGGAGUGGGAUCAUCCCCUUGUCCGUUCUUCACUUGAACCCUCUGUCAAGUUUCUUGACUGAUGAAGCCAUAGAGGAUCCCGUUGAGGAUGAAUCAUCUUCCGACGUCAGUGGACAUCAGACGAAUAGCCAUUGCUACAUCAUCCUGCUCGGUUGAUGUUUAAAGUACCUCCGAACCUUGUGAUGACAUAUGCUUAAUCUAUUUCCUCUUUCUGGAUCUACGAUAACUAUAUCUUGUUUCUGGAUUUCAUGGUUUGUAUUAUCCCCCGUUUCUACCCCUUCAAACAUUUCUCUUUCUAUUUCUAUCUUCCCCACUUGAAUUAAUCGAGUAAAGAAUUGAUCUGCGUAUGAAUUAUAGAUUAUUUA